AUGGCCCCAAACAAGAAAAAGAAGAAGGCUGCCGGUAAUCCUGCUCGUGGAUUCGCUACUACAUCCAUAGCGAGCAAGCCCAAGCAGGAAAGGCCCGCCGCCACCGAAGACGAACCCAGUCCACCCAAAAAGGAGGAAGGUCCAGUAGUCGAGCCGACUUCCCAGGUCUCUUCUACUGCUGCUCCUACUCCGGCAUCUGUUGCUCAGAAGGUCGAACAGACCCCAGAGGAACUGGAAGCUCAGCUGGAACGCGAUGAACUUCAGCUGCUGGUUGAGAAGCAUGCGCCUAAGGUCCGACGAGAGUCUCGUAGACAGGCGACGAAGCUUCAAACAGACCGCAGAGUACUUCGCGCUGCCGCCGAGUCUCUCACUACGCAUGAUUGGCUUUCCAAGGACGUCACAGACAUCAUCAUUUCGCUAGCCCAAACCGAGUCGAAAGACUCUAAUCGCAGACAAGGACAGCAAUCCUUGCUCAAGGUUUUAUCUGAAGAAGAUGCCACUUCUAGACUGUGGAUGCUUGAUCUGACAUUGCGCGACAUGGGUUUCUCGCCCACUCACAUAGAGCCUGUUCUCCGUUGGCUUUGUGCCAACGUUGCUUCUGUCGACAGCACAGCUAGCGUAUGGGGUCUACAGGAAGCUCUUGAGUGGCUUGCUUUGGAUCACUGUGACGGUCAUUCGCUCUCUUACGACGAGCCAAAGAGGGCACGUCCAGUAGCGGGUGCUUCCCCAACUUCAUCGCGACCUGGAACUCCUGUGCCGGAGACCCCUACGGCCACUACGGGGAGUAGUGUUGGUUCUGAAAAUGAAUCAUCACGAGCCCCAAGUCCAGGGCUACGCGGAGGAGAAGCUCGAGCCCCACCACCGGAACCCGAAGGAGUUGACGUAGCUGUUAGCGACUUGGACAGUGACCUGGAGCCGGAUCAGUUGGUCCCCACGUAUAUUAAGAUAAAGGGAAAAUUGUUCGAAAUCGACCCUGACACCGUUGAAGCAAAGUCCCGGAAGCAGGGCAAGGGUAGGAAAUCCGGAAAUGGUAAACCAGCAAGUGUAGCACAGCCUCCUGUGGUCCGAAAGUUACUGUCGCAGUUGCAGCAAUUGGAGUCGGAUGCGCUCUUUGACGAGAUUGAAGCAGAAGCGCAAUGGCCAAACAAGCGGGCUGAAAUUGCCCAGAAGAUGGCAGCAGAGAGACAGCUGCAACCGACCGUUCCGAAAACGCCCAAGCCUAUUAGAACAGAGAAUGGAGUGUCCAAUCGGCCUAAGAUUCCGUCUUGGAAAAAGCCGGAGCCAGCUACACGUACAGAAGAAGCGAAUGAAGACGAGGAGGUGUUCCUAGGCGAUAUGUUCUCAGCUGUACCAGAUGAAGCCCCGAAAGGCGAUGGUAUAAAGGCGAACGAUGCUAACGAUAAUGUAAUUUUACGCGAUUUUGGCAAGCAGAGCGGUAUUAACCCACGGAGGGUUCUGGAAGAAGCCAUCCGUGCAAGGGACCCUGGUGCUCGCCUUUCAUACAAGCAAAUCUCUCCUACGACCUACUCUUGCCGGCAUAGUAUGACUGUGCUCUGGUCUAAAGACCAGGACCUUGAAUAUGACACUGAAAUCGUCGGCGUGACUUGUAACGUAUCUGGCCGUCGAUCCACGUUCGAGGCCACCGACGUUGCUACCGUCUCCGUGGAGCAGAGCGAGGGCUUUAUAUCGACGGUAGCACUGUUCAGCAUAUUCGCUGCUUCCGCUAAGGAAGAGAAAGUUUACCUACGCCUUCCACCUGCGUGGAGGGACCUUUACCGAGACCUGCUCGAUAGCCGCAGGUCUCGCAUUGAUGCUUCCGACCGUGAAAGAAUUAGAUACUUUCGGUCCCUUGUGCAAGAUCAAUUGGAAGAGGAAGAGACAGAAGGCGUCGUACUUACCAGUCGUUUUAGAGCGCGUAAUCAGGCUGCAACCAGUUCAAGCUCGUCCGCAUCGGGACAGAUCACGCCUCCACAGACAUUUGACAGUCUUAGGGAAUUGUGGUAUAGAAAGGCCUCCACAAAUUCGUUUCAGUAUAUGCUUGCGGGUCGGACUACUUUGCCCGUGUUUGCCUAUCGGGAGUUGAUCCUUUCCACAAUUGAUAAGCAUCAAGUCACCAUAGUGUGCGGUGAAACGGGAUGCGGAAAGAGUACCCAGAUACCCUCCUUUCUUCUUGAGCACGAGCUGUCUCAGGGAAAGCCCUGUAAGAUAUUUUGUACGGAACCUAGACGAAUUUCGGCUAUUUCUCUAGCUCAGCGUGUGAGCGAUGAGCUAGGAGAAGGACCCAAAGACGUCGGAACGAUUCGCUCUUUAGUCGGUUACGCGAUUCGAUUGGAGUCCAAGACAACACCUCAAACAAGGCUCGUCUUUGCCACUGUGGGUGUAGUUUUGCGUAUGUUGGAAUCGGCGAACAACCUCAACGAAGUCACGCACUUGAUCAUUGAUGAAGUUCACGAGCGAAGCAUCGACACCGACUUUCUACUCAUCAUUCUCCGUUCACUCAUGCUCACUCGUCCAGAGCUGAAAGUCAUUCUUAUGAGUGCUACUGUUGACGCGAAUCGCUUUUCGAACUACCUCAAUGGGGCACCGGUGCUUAAUGUCCCCGGAAGGACGUUCCCUGUUCAGACCAAGUACCUUGAGGAUGCAAUUGAGCUGACACACUACGCUGCAGCACCAAACAACAAGAUCUUCAACGGCUCAGACAGCGACGAUGACGACCAGAACCCCUCUGAGAAGUCAUCCAGCCCGAACACCUUGACGAGCUACAGCGUUGCCACUCGGAAUGUACUGGCCGAGUAUGACGAGUAUGCGAUCGACUAUGAACUGAUCAUACGACUCAUGGAAGCAGUUGCAUAUGAUCCGCAGCUCGCCAAGUACAGCAGCGCAAUCUUGUGCUUCUUGCCAGGUAUUGCUGAGAUUCGCCAGCUGAACGACCUACUGGUCGCUCAUCCUUCCUUUGAUAACAGCUGGCUCAUAUACCCUCUUCAUUCCACCAUCUCCAGCGAAGAGCAGCAAGCAGCCUUUGUGAUCCCACCUCCAGGCAUGAGGAAGAUCGUUAUCGCUACGAACAUCGCGGAGACAGGUGUCACCAUACCAGAUAUUACGUGUGUCAUCGAUACCGGCAAGCACAAGGAGAUGCGCUUCGACGAGCGCAGACAGCUAUCUCGUCUAACGCAGUCAUUCAUCUCACGUGCAAACGCAAAGCAACGACGAGGUCGCGCAGGCCGUGUGCAAGAAGGCUUGUGUUUCCACCUGUUCACCAAGUAUCGACAUGACAGCCUCAUGGUGGACCAGCAGACACCUGAAAUGCUUCGGCUGUCAUUGCAGGACCUCGUUAUGCGUACCAAGAUCUGUAAACUCGGUGACAUAGAGAAGACACUUUCCGAAGCCCUUGAUCCCCCUUCAUCACGAAACAUUCGCCGCGCGAUCGAUGCGCUCAUCGAAGUCGAUGCUCUCACACCUAGCGAGGACCUCACACCUCUCGGAAGCCAAAUCGCAAAAUUACCGCUAGAUGCUCAUCUCGGCAAGCUAGUCCUCCUAUCAGCGAUAUUCAGCUGCGUCGACGCAGCCAUCACCAUCGCAGCCAUCCUCUCCUCCAAAUCCCCCUUCCUAACCCCCUUCGGCGCAAAGCAACGCGCCGACGCCGCACGCUGGGCCUUCAAAAAAGGCGACUCCGACCUCCUAACUACAUACAACGCCUACAACGCCUGGAAAAAUGUAUGUACAACAGCCGGCCGUUCAGAAGCGCAAUUCUGCCACAAGAACUUCCUCAGCGCUCCAAACCUGUCCAACAUCGAAGACCUGAAAGCGCAAUUACUCUCUUCCCUUGUGGAAGCCGGCUUCAUAUCCAUGACCCCGGAGGAGCGCAGGGCACUAUCCCGCUACCGCAGCACCUCCCGCCAUCGCACCUUCGUCGCCAUCCCGCCCACCUACGAUACCCAUUCCGCAAACGACAUCCUCGUCAACGCCGUCGUCGGCAUGGCUUUCUACCCCAAGAUCCUCACCCGCGAUGGCAAAGGCUGGCGCAACAUUUCCAACGCGCAGUCCGUCUCGCUCGCACCUACCUCCGUCAACAAAGCCUCCUCCAUUAAUCCUUCAACUGCGAAGUAUCUGAGCUACUACCACAUCAUGCAGUCGAGCAAUAAAUUCUACAAUGCCCAUUCCACUAGCAUCGUCUACCCGCUUCCGCUCAUCCUGAUGGCGGCGGCGGAUGUCGAGUUCAAGCUGCAUGCUGGUGUGGUUGCGAUGCCGGGGAAUACGCUGAGGUUUGCGGUUAGGGAGUGGCGGGCUGCGGUUGCGCUUAAGGUGCUUAGGCGGCGUGUGAAGGAGGUGCUGCAGGGGGCGUGGAAGAACCCUAGCCGGGGUUUGAGUGGGAGGGAGAAGGAGUGGUUAGGGUUGUUUUUCAGGGUAUUUCAAGAAAGAUGGGAGAGGGAGGAGAGGAUUAGGGAGAGGAGUGGGGCGAAGGGGAAGUGA